AUUACUCAUUUUCCAAAGGUGUGAAGGUCAACGUAUCUACUGGUGAAGACAUCUAAAGGUAGAAGAAACAUGGAGAGUAAGCGGAUGUUUUUAGUGGUUUGCGUUAUAGGCUGUGCAGUGUCUUUCAUUAAGGCUGAAAGCAACCUAUCAACACCAACAACUUUGACUACCCAAAUCACCCGCAAUGAGUGUGGAAAAACCAAACUGUGUUUGGACAACCCUAAAGGAUGUGAUCCUUCGGCUAGCUCUCAGUGUUUCUUCACCUCAGCUAUCUUAACUAACAUCAGCCUCACUGUUGAGCUCAGUGGCAACUCUACCGGUUACAUAGCUUCAGCAGCUGGACUGACAUCUAAUAUCCCUCAGGAUCGUAAUGUAAUCUUUGUCUGUGGAAAUAAUAAUGGCGGGUUUUUCUUCCAAACUACAAUGCUCUACAAUAAUACACUGUGGAUCACAAAUAUACCUAAUGUAAACAAUAUCCAGGGUUUGAUACAGUCAAGCUUGAUUCAGUGUGUUUUCACCAUCCCCAUUGAUGGAAACGUCACAUCCUUCCUAAGCGGUGGCAAUGGCACAAAUUUCAACAUCAGCAACAUUGCUAAUUCCCAAAUUCUCAUGUUCCUUGACAUCUUGAAGGGAUCAAACAAUGCACUUUGGUCAAUGUAA